AUGCAGAUAAUCGUAUCCCCUGCCUUUAACAGUGGAGUCAGUAAAAGCAGCAGCCUGACUCUGCAGAGCGGAACUCAGGAUUCGCAAGGAUGGGUUCAGUUCAGCUUAGGCACCAAACGCCGCUGGAGGAAGCACUACAGAAAGCCCAGUCCUGAGCUGGACUUUCCUGAACAGGCUUGCAGUGGAUUCUGUUACCUUGAAUCUAAUAUCUUUUUGUUUCUGUUAUUUAUUUUAGGAAACACUCCUUUACAUCUUGCUGUGAUGUUGGGACAUAAAGAAUGUGCCCACUUGCUUUUAGCCCACAAUGCUCCAGUAAAGGUGAAAAAUGCUCAGGGAUGGAGCCCUCUUGCAGAAGCCAUCAGCUAUGGAGACAGACAAAUGAUUACAGCACUCCUGAGGAAGCUUAAACAGCAGUCCAGGGAAAGUGUUGAAGAAAAGCGACCUCGAUUAUUAAAAGCCCUGAAAGAGCUAGGUGACUUCUAUCUAGAGCUUCACUGGGAUUUUCAAAGUUGGGUGCCUUUACUUUCCCGAAUUCUGCCUUCUGAUGCAUGUAAAAUACACAAACAAGGUAUAAAUAUCAGGCUGGACACCACUCUCAUAGACUUUACCGACAUGAAGUGCCAACGAGGGGAUUUAAGCUUCAUUUUUAACGGUGAUGCCGCACCCUCUGAAUCUUUUGUAGUUUUAGACAAUGAACAAAAAGUUUACCAGCGAAUACAUCAUGAGGAAUCUGAGAUGGAAACAGAAGAGGAGGUUGACAUUUUGAUGAGCAGCGAUAUUUACUCCGCGACGUUAUCAACCAAAUCGAUUACCUUCACGCGUGCCCAGACGGGGUGGCUUUUUCGAGAAGACAAAACGGAAAGAGUAGGAAACUUUCUGGCAGAUUUCUACUUGGUUAAUGGACUUGUAUUAGAAUCAAGGAAAAGAAGAGAACAUCUGAGUGAGGAGGAUAUUCUUCGAAAUAAAGCUAUCAUGGAGAGCCUGAGUAAAGGUGGCAACUUAAUGGAACAAAAUUUUGAGCCCGUCAGACGGCAGUCGCUUACCCCGCCAUCACCCAAUACCAUUACGUGGGAAGAGUAUAUAUCUGCUGAAAAUGGGAAAGCUCCUCAUCUGGGUAGAGAGCUGGUCUGCAAAGAAAGCAAGAAAACCUUUAAAGCCACGAUAGCUAUGAGCCAGGAAUUUCCCUUAGGAAUUGAAUCAUUGUUGAAUGUUUUAGAAGUAAUUGCACCCUUCAAGCACUUUAACAAACUUAGAGAAUUUGUUCAGAUGAAGCUUCCACCAGGCUUUCCUGUCAAAUUAGAUAUUCCUGUAUUUCCCACCAUCACAGCCACUGUGACUUUUCAGGAGUUCCGUUACGAUGAAUUUGACGAGUCCAUCUUCACUAUUCCUGAUGACUACAAGGAGGACCCCAGCCGUUUCCCUGAUCUCUAACUAACCUGGAAGGUGAAGGGUGAAUAACAAUACCAGCGUACCACAGUGAGAGCAAAUGGAUGCAAAUAGCCCACAGAUAGAGAUAGAAAAGUGGGUCGUAAAGGAAGGGAUAAACUUAACAAUCCAGAAGAAAAGGGAUCAUGCAUCAAAUGGCUGAUGUGCUGAUACUGUAAUGGGCAUCUAAUCUAGUUCCUGAUUUACAGCAAGUCUCCUGAUGUGUCGUUCACACUUUUAUACAUCCAGUACUGCAAGCGUGGUAGUCUGACACCGCCGUGACCCAGAGAAUACUUAACAGCUGUGAGGACUGUCAUUCGUUUUUAAAUUUUUUACAUUUCUUGGUGAUACAAAAAGCACUCUUGGACCAUUAGCAUAAAAGUUGAAAUGUCCUUGGCUGGAUAUUAGCCCUAUAAAACAUCCCACCAUACUUAAGCUGACCAUAUUAUAUUCUUUCAAGCUUUGUUUUCAUGAAUUGUAAACUAUGUAUCAUUAUGUAUAGUUCAGUAAUUUGAAUGUUAGUUGAACGUAUAUUAGAAGGAAUGCAUUUUCUGUAGAGGAAUGAACCAAAUGGUAACCAUUAAACAGUUGCAUUUUCAUGCUGCACUACACGUCAGAAAUAGCAUUUGCUCUGCAGGGAAUAAGGUACCUCCUCCAGCACCGUAGUGCAGCCCGUCGUGGCGCUCUCUGCCUCUCUGAACCCGUAACUUCCUCACCGAGCUCUUCCUUCAUCUUCCUCUCGCUGCCUCGGCACUUCUCUCCAUCCUGCUGCCUCAGAAGUCCCCCUGCCCCCGGGCUGCUGUGUUCGUUACCGUGCUCGGAGGCUCAUUAGCUAGAAACGGUCACUUUUUUAAUUCUUUUUUUUUUUUUUUCACACCCACUUGGGAGACUUGCUCCACAUGGGGUGAGCGUCAGCUGGGUUAUCUGGUGUUUGCCUUGCGCGGCCCCGCAGAAACACGGGCUGCGUGGAAAGAGUCACAGGAACAACAAGCUCAAGUGUUGAAUCUUCACAUAAGAAAAAGUUUCUCUCGAAGUUAGUUUAAUUGUAGUGCACAUUGAAUAGGGCUCACGUGGGAAGAUUUUCUUUGCAAAUGCUUGGGAUGUUUCCAGAUUAACUUCCUUCCUCUUGCUGUUCUGGGUAGGUAGGCUUUUCAGUACUCUGGCUGCUUGAGUUUAUUCUCAUUCCAAGUGGUUCCAGUCUCCUCAUUUGACAAUAAUAAUCCAGCUUUUUGGUUGGUUAGAAAGAAUUUGUGCAAAAGGCUAAUGGUGCUAUUUGUUUGUAUUAAGAAAUUUAGAUUAAAGUGCUGUGGUGUAAUUGUACAGAAAUGUAAAUAUUUUCAAAAUUAUAUUCUUUGUGCACUGUAGUUAAAACUUUUUCUGGAAAUCCAUAGAGUUAAGUCUCAAACUUUAUAAUAAAGAGUACCAUCAAUGCUUAGUAAAGGUAACCAACCUAACUAACGGUGCAGGGGGUAAGCGGAGACGGCUCGUCCCAAGGCAAUAAAGCUGAGUGGUCAGGCACAGGCAGGACGCGGACGUGCACCUCUGACACAGACGUUCCUUCAGAACCUGGGGAGCCCGUCGGUGCAGAACCCCGUGAGGCUGCUCUGGAGUUGCUGGGUACCCGCUCCGACAGCAGAGCUCGGCCCGUCGGCCAAGUACAGCGGAGCUGAGGGGGGGGGCGGGGAGGUUGAUCCUCUCUGACCCGAACCCGCCAGCGGCCGGGUGAGUAACGCUCGCUUUGCAGCCUGCGGUCGAUACGCUGGAGUUGUUAACUCAGAAUCAAAUCGGAAAUAAACCCGUCGGCGGGGGGAAAGGGCAAAGGGAAGUGUAGAGUCGUGAUUGCUUUUGAAGUACUGUAUCAGUAGCAGAUGUUGAACAGUGGGUAGGAAUGAUAAACUUGUCCUUCCAAGUCGUCAUGAAUUCCUGAAGUGUUUUACAUCUCUGGUGUGAGUCAGCCCUGUCCUCACGCUCCUCUUAGAACCAGCCGAGAUCCCCCCAGCGGCCCUAGAGACCGGGUUCUCGUGCUGCAGGUCAGGGUGAAGCGUCCAUGGGGCCAAAUCCAGAUUUCUCCCGUCGCCCCCUUCUACAGAAGCCAGUGGCGGGGUGGGAGGUUUUGUGCGGCGCUGCCAGAUCGGGUCUCGUGCCGGGUGGGGAGCGGAAGCGAGCGCGGGUGCUGGCCGGGAGCGCCGAGGCGUGUGGCAGCUGCAGCAAACCUCCGUGAGGUGCACGUCGCGAACCCUUGUUCGGUGUUACGGGGCAAGAACCGUGUGUCCUGCGUAGCUCUGCUUUUCUGGUUACCCCACGGGCCCGUCGCAGAGCUUGCUGGCGUGGGAAGGAGCGCGCGUAGCAGGCGCUGUGUGGUUUAGGCGCCUGCAGUGGGCUGGAUUCUAGACUUUU